CAGGAGGAAAGUGGGGUGACAAAGCCCAAGGUGCUGGUGUCCUGGAAGGACAAUUACGUUGACGUCACGGGCUAAUCGCGGCGAUGGCGGGUGCGGCGAGUCCGAGCAUGCUACAGCGAUACCCAGCUGUAGCAAAUGCGGGAUCUCGCGCAGCUACACAGGGCACCUGCUGUUCGGAAGCACGGGGAGGCGCCGGAGACACGUGGCAUUCGUCUGCAACGCGCCGCCUAUCGUACGCCAGUGUCUCGGUCGCAGCACUUCCGAGGCAAAAGUCGGCGGCGGCCGGAGCCGACCAUAGCGCCGCCAAGGGGAGAAUCAACCGUUACGGCGGAGGCGGCGCGGAAUCCGCUUCGCGCACCCCUAACGCCAUCGCUCCCAGGCGAUUGCCCAAUAGAUGGGGGGUAGGAGCGGUAGCUUCCGAGGCAAGGUUUUUGAGAUUCAGCGAGGGUCGGUUUUGGCGGGGAACACCUGCGUUUGCGACUGCGAUGCGGAUCUCGACCUGGGCAAAGUCUAAGAAAACCCGCCUGAGCGGCGUUGCGCAAGCAUCCGCGGGAUCUGCGGCUUCCGCCGCCGAGGCGCCCGCGUCGGGCACCCAGAGCGCAGGAGUGGGCGGCAAAGAGGAGUCGUCGACGAGCUCUAGUGAUAUCUUGCCCCCAGCGUCGGCGGCCGCCGACGUGGUGAUCGUUGGCGGCGGCCUCGCCGGCCUGUGCUGCGCGCUCCACCUCUACACCCGCGGAGUGGAUGUCGUCGUUCUCGAAGCUUCCGACGAUGUCGGCGGCCGCGUGCGCACUGACCAGCUGGACGGCUUCUUGCUUGAUCGCGGCUUCCAGAUCUUUCUCACGGCGUAUCCAGAAGCCCAAGCUGUGCUGGAAUACGACAAACUCCGCCUGCGUCCGUUCUACGCUGGCGCGCUUGUCCGCUUCGGCGGCGGAUUUCACCGCGUCGCGGACCCUUUCCGCCAUCCUCUGGACGCGCUCCGCACGCUUGCGCCCGACCAUCCCGUCGGCUCUUUGGCGGACAAGCUGCGCGUGGGCCUCCUGCGCUUGCGAAGCGCGAGCAAGUCCGACGAAAGCAUCCUCCUUUCCCGCACGGAGACCACCUCCGCCGACUUUYUCUUUAAUCAAGGCUUCAGCUUUGAGWUUACAGAUAGGUUCUUCAAGCCCUUCUUAGGUGGCAUUUUCUUUGAUCGCCACCUGUCCACCAGCUCCCGGCUACUCGAAUUCAUCUUCAAAAUUCUUGYUUUGGGUGAUAACGCACUACCGGCUGCCGGGUUCGGGGCGAUUCCCAAGCAGAUCGCUGACAGAUUGCCACGUGGCGCGAUUAGACUCAACGCCAGGGUCUUGCAGAUAAGAGAAGAAGGAGCCCAGAGCAGCGACCCUACCGGUAGUGUCGCUAAGGACCAAGAUGAUGGCACAACUGGCCAAGACCAAGGAGGAGGAGGGAGGAUGGCGGGAGUUAAGGAGAAGGAGGUGGAGGUGGAAGGGGGAGCCAUGGUGCGAGCGCGAAAGGGUGUCGUGGUUAUCGCGACGGAAGGUCCGGAAGCACGCCGUCUUYUUGGGGAAUCUCUUKACGUCACCUYUUCCGCCGGGCUUAAGCCACGUGGCACUGUCUGCCUGUACUUCGCCCUCGAUCACCCCCCCCCUUCCCCCGGUGACGAACCCAUCKUGUUCCUUAAUGGGACUUCUAAAGGGGUAAUUAACAACAUGUGUUUCAWCAGUCGCGUGGCGCCCGAGUACGCACCAAGCGGCAAGGAGCUGGUCAGCGUGUCGCUCGUCGGGACCUAUCCCGAUCGCACCGACGUUGACCUGGAGACUGAAGUGCGCGCCGAGCUGGGGGACUGGUUCGGCGUGUCUGAGGUAGCCACGUGGCGUCACCUCAGGACGUACAGGAUCCCCUACGCGCAGCCUGAUCAACGGCCACCCUGGGAAGCACAGCGCGCCGUUCGACUGGGAGACGGCUUGUACGUGUGUGGGGACCACCGCAACUCCGCCUCUUUUCAUGGAGCGAUGUUGUCCGGCCGCCAAGCGGCGGAAGCCAUCCUCCAAGAUCUUCGAAUUGCUUAAUAUUAGAAAUAAAUUCAAAUAACCGUU